AUGGUACUGGCAUUUUGUAGACGUGGUUUGGUUAUUCCUAUUUGUCUCUAUCUAUUGGUGGGGAGGUAUAUGAAGGAACGAAUCAGUGGAUUGAGGAAUGAAAGCUCGAAGACAAAGAGAACGGGCUUUUCCAAAGAAUUACUGCAGCUUUCCUACUCCCUUGAAUUUUUAUAUACAAAAAAGUCUAUUCCACUUUCCUACUAAAUCUCUCUCUAUUUUGGCACAUAAAUGAAGGUAUCAAAGAUUUUUUUCUUGUCUCUCGUUUCUUUUCUGAACAAAUCGAAGAACCUAAUGGAUCGA